UUGCCCGCCCUGCCCUGGCCCUGUGACGUCCCUCGAAUAGUAGCUCGCGGCGGGUGAUUCCUGUGAGGAGACGAGUGAAGGAGCAGCAAGUGCUGCGGCGGCCGCAGCUUCCCCCUUUCUUUUGGCUCAGGAAGGGCUUGCAGUGGGUCAGUUGCAGGGCACGCACUUACUCGAAGAAGAACUGCGCCUCAGUCCGCAGGGUAGCGGCGGCACUGCUGCUUUCCCUUGGCCAGGAGGAGAAGCUGUCCUCGGGUCUUGAGGGCAGGAUGGCGCCAACAGCCCCUCCGCCUUGGGCGUUGCUCUGGCUCCUUCUCCUCUUGCCCUUUGCUGUAGUGCCUUCCAGACUGAACAUCCCCAAAGUGCUGCUGCCGUUCACUCGGAGCACCAGGAUUAACUUCACCUUGGAAGCAAGCGAAGGCUGCUACCGCUGGUCUUCUACCAGGCCAGAAGUUGCCAGUAUUGAAGCUGUAGAACAAGAUGAACAUCAGUGUUCACAGAAGGCUAUUGUUCAGGCACGGUCAUCACAGUCAACCCGUCUUACUAGUAUUAUUUUGGCUGAAGAUGUUUUGACUGGCCAAGUGCUUCGCUGUGAUGCUAUAGUUGACUUAAUUCAUGGUGUUCACAUUGUAUCCACCACAAAAGAACUGUAUCUAGAGGAUUCACCCCUGCAACUGAAAAUUCAAGCCUUAGAUUCUGAAGGAAACACUUUUAGCACUUUGGCGGGACUUGCUUUUGAGUGGACAGUAAUGAAAGACCCGGAAGUUAAUGGGUUCUCUGAUUCUCACAAUGCACUGCGUAUCCUGAAGUUCUCCGAAUCAACAUAUAUACCACCUUCUUAUAUACUGGGGAUGGAAAAAGUUGCCAAACAAGGAGACAUAGUUUUGGUGUCUGGGAUGAAAACUGGGAGUUCAAAAUUAAAAGCAAAAAUACACGAAGCUGUUUAUAAGAAUGUUCCUGCUGCUGAAGUCAGGUUGUUUAUUUUGGAAAACAUCCUUCUAAAUCCAGCUUAUGAUAUCUACCUGCUGGUGGGAAUGUCUGUGCAAUAUAAAGUUCAGAAAAUACGGCAAGGGAAGAUUACAGAAUUAAUGAUGCCUUCCGAUCAGUAUGAACUGCAGCUUCAGAACAACACACUCAGCCCUGAGGGAGUUUCAACCUGGCCUGUUGCCAAGCUGGAUCCAGCAACUUCCACAGUUACUGCAUUGCAGCGGGGACAGACUAACGUUGUACUUGGCCACAAAAGCAUUAGUAUGCAAGGUGCUUCCAAAUUACCAAACAGCACUAUUUAUGUUGUGGACCCAGGAUACUUAGGAUUUUCAAUUCAUCCGGGUGAUAGGUGGGUCCUGGAAACAGAAAGGCUCUAUGAAAUAACUGUUGAAGUAUAUGAUAAAUCAAGUAACAAGGUGUAUUUAUCUGAUAAUCUAAGAAUUGAUAUGUACUGGUCAAAUGAAUACUUCAGAGUUUUGAAAUCUUCUCUGAAUGGAUCGUAUCAUCAUGUGCAAGCAAUAAAGGAUGGACAAACCAUUAUUACUGCUGCUUUAACAUCUGUUGUAGAUCAGGAUGGAGGUGUUCACACAUUACCUGUUCCAGUCGCAAACCAGCAAGAAGUAGACAUUUAUGUUCCAAUCACCCUUUCACCAAGCAUUUUGACAUUUCCAUGGCAGCCAAAAGCAGGAGCCUAUCAAUAUACAAUAAAGGCUCAUGGUGGAAGUGGCAAUUUCACUUGGUCCACAUCUGACCAAAAUGUUGCUACAGUAACAGUCAAAGGAGUAAUGACAACUGGAAAUGAGAUUGGUGUCAGUGUUAUACGUGCCAGUGAUGUUCAGAAUCCAUUAUAUUAUGGAGAAAUGAAGGUAUAUGUGACAGAACCUAGUGGCAUGGAGUUCAUACCGUGUCAAGUUGAGGCACGUGUAGGUCAGAUAUUGGAUCUGCCCCUGAAGAUUAAUGGCUUAAUGAAUGUGGAAACCAGUCAGAUGGUCACCUUGAGUGACUGUUCACAUUUUGAUUUAGUUGUUGAAGUUGAAAACCAUGGUGUAUUCAGUCCAAUUCAAGGGAAACUAAAGGCAACUCCUGACUACUGCAGCGGAGUCAAAGUAAAAGCUGAAGCCCAAGGAUACACAGCACUUGUAGUUAGUUACACACAUGGUCAUAUUCACCUCAGCACCAGUAUCAUCAUAGCUGCCUAUCUACCACUAAAAACUAUUGACCCUGUUUCUGUUGCCUUGGUAACUUUGGGCUCUUCCAAAAAUAUAUUGUUUGAAGGAGGACCCAGACCAUGGGUUCAAGAACCAUCCAAGUUCUUCAGGAACAUCACUGUUGAAGAACCACAGAAUGUUGGCUUAUCCUUCCUAGGGCCAUCUGCAUCUAGGAAUCCUUUCCAGCAUUGGGUUAAAGCAUCUUGCAAAGCCUUGGGGGAACAGGUGAUUUCAUUAACAAUUGGAAACAAGCCCACUGUUACUAACCCCUUUCCAGCUGUUGAACCUGCUGCUAUGACAUUGAUCUGUGCCACUCCUUCCCGAUUGACAUUGACAGCUGUAUAUGCAAAUACUCAGCUAGAUAUCUCCUGUCCUUUUCUUCGCCAAAGCAAACAAGGGGUUCCUGUCUCAAAUUAUCACAAACCAGUAUUGGAUUUGGAGGUUUAUGAUCAACAGGGGCGUAAAUUUGACAAUUUUAGUUCCCUUAGUAUUAUCUGGGAAUCAACAAAAUAUUCAUUAGCCAGCAUUGAGGACAAUAUGCCAAUGGAGCUAUCUCUGAAAAAUCAUGGAAGUGGUCAGAAGAAAAUGCAUGGUUUGCAGACUGUUUUAGUUCAUCAUAAACCUGGAACAGCUACUUUAUCUGCUACUGCAACUGGAUAUCAUCAUUCUCAUCUUAAUGCUGCUGAAGUGAAUAAACAGUAUGAAUCUCUUAUACCUGUAUCUGCAGCUAUUGAACUGAUUCUCGUGGAAGAUGUAAAAGUGAGUCCCACUGAAGUGACAAUCUAUAAUCACCCAGCUAUCAAGGCUGAACUUUUUAUUAAGGAUGGCUCUGGAUAUUUUUCCAUUAAUACUAGCAUUGUCAAUUUGGUAAAAGUGACUUAUGAAGAAGCUCAAGGCAUUGCAGUGAUCUAUCCAUUACUUCCAGGGUCAUUGACUGUAAUGAUUCAUGACUUGUGUCUACCAUUUACUAAUCUUGCUAAAGCUGAAGUAAUUGUGUCUGAUAUACAAGAAGUAUAUGUUGGUGUUGUUGACAAGGUAGAGAUUGGCAAAAUAGUUAAAGCACACGUCAGAGUGUUGGAUGCCUCCAAGAAAUAUUUUCUGGCUAAAUAUUUCUCCUUCAUGGACUUAAACCUAAAGGCAGCAUCUCAGAUCAUUUCUUUGAAACCUCUCAGUGAAGCUCCUGAUGAACACACUGCUGUUUUUCUAGUUCAUGGCGUGGCCAUAGGCCAAACCAGUCUUACAGCAGUUGUCACUGACAAAGAUGGAGAGAGAAUCAGUUCAGCUCCACAACAGAUUGAAGUCUUUCCUCCUUUUAGACUGAUACCAAAAAAAGUCACUUUGCUCAUAGGUGCAGUGGGUCAAAUUACAUCUGAGGGAGGUCCACAGCCUCAAUCCAACAUUGCCUUCUCUGUCAGUGAUACCAGCAUUGCUUCUGUGAACAGCAGUGGUCUUAUAACAGGCAUCUCAGUUGGGAAUGGUACAGUAACAGGAAUGGUUCAAGCAGUUGAUGCAGAGACUGGCAACAUUGUGGUAGUAUCCCAGGCUAAAGUUGAAGUGGAGGUAAUUCAGCUGAAGGCUAUUAGAAUCCAUGCACCCAUUACACGAAUGAAAACAGGCACUCAGAUGCCAGUGUAUGUGAUGGGAAUCACCAGUAACCAGACUCCUUUUUCAUUUGGCAACUCGGUGCCAGGGCUAACAUUUCAUUGGUCUGUCACUAAGAGGGAUAUUCUGGAUGUCAAGGCAAGAUACAGUGAGGCUUCUCUUCAGCUUUCUUCCCAAUAUAACUUUGCUAUGGAUGUUUAUGGUAGAGGAAAAGGAAGAACAGGGUUGAAGGUGGUUGUGAAAGCCCUUGAUCCUUCAGCUGAACAAUUUUACCAUAUGGCAAGAGAAUUAUCAGAUGAAAUCCAAAUACAGGUAUUUGAGAAGCUAGCUAUCCUGGGAAUAGAAGCAGAACAGAUCUUAAUGUCACCAAGCUCUUUUUUUAAAGUUGAAACAAAUAGGGACAGAGUGGCAUCUGUAAGUUACCAUGUACUGGAUGCUCGAGACAGAGUUCCUGUGGUAGAGAUAGACGAGAGAGGGCUUCUUAAGUCUGGAUCCCUUGUAGGACUGUCAACAAUAGAAGUAAUUUCACAAGAGCCAUUUGGAAUCAACCAGACCCUUAUGGUUGCUGUCAAGGUGGCUCCUGUUUCCUACCUAAGAAUAUCCAUGAACCCAAUUAUCCACACACAAAACCAAAAUACAUUACUGGCAUUACCAUUGGGUAUUAGCUUGUCCUUGACCAUUCACUUCCAUGACAAUACUGGAGAUAUUUUCCACUCACAAAAUUCUGUGCUUGGCUUUGCAGUGAACAGAGAUGACAUUGUACAGGCCGGGAAAGGUGUCUCCAACAACACAUUGAUAAUCCGGACAAUGAGUAUAGGGCUAAGCUUACUUAUGGUUUGGGAUGCAAAGCACAGUAGUAUUGCAGAUUAUGUUCCCCUUCCUGUGCAAAAUGCCAUCUACCCUGAGCUCAUAGAUAUUGUCAUAGGUGAUGUCAUCUGCUUAACGUCUUCACUGGUAAACCAAGAAGGUUUGGCAGGAAUAUGGAGUUCUUCUGUAAACAGUAUUCUUCAGGUUGAUUCAAAGACUGGAGUAGCUAUAGCAAGAAAUUCUGGAACAGCUACAGUAUAUUAUGAGAUUCCUGGGCUACUUAAAACGUACAGAGAGGUGCUGAUUAAUGUACCUCAAAGGAUUGUAGCUACUCAUGUAAGUGGAAUGAAAACAAGCUUGCAGGAUGAUUCAACUUGCAAAAUUAUAGUUAUAAUUGGGCACCGAAAUAAAAAUCUGAAAGGAGAAUGCUCACCUGCUCAAACUGAAGUUAUUGAAGAAAUGAGGCCUCAGUCAUGUAUCAGUUGCCAACUAAAUUUCAACCAUGAUGCAUUUGAUUUCCCAGCCUCUGAAUUUUUUAUAGCAGAGCCUGGAUUUGAUAUAGUAUCAGGACAUUACACUUGUUCCCUCACAAUGCACAGGCUUGCUGACAGGCAGCUAAAGCAAAUGAGUAUGAGCAAAACCACUGUUGUGGUAACAGCUGCGAUCCAGAACAGCCAUAUCUCUGCCGAGCAGAUCAGUGCUGAAGUGCCAUUUAAUCCAGGAUUUUAUGCCAAUCAGACUGAAAUUAUUUUAAGUAAUCAUUACACAAAUUGUGAUGUGAAAAUCUUUGGAGCCAUUGACAUUCUUGAAAACCUUGAGGUGAAAUCUGGCUCACCUAUGGUAGUGGCCUUCGAGAAGGACAGAUCAUAUGGCUUUCCUAGCUAUGUAACAUAUACAGUCAGUUUAUCAGAUCCCAGCCUCACAAGCAAAGGGUCUUUAUCUACCGUACUUACAAUAUCAAGCACAGAGACAGACCGGUCUAUCACUAUCCCAGUGACAAUGAUUUAUGUAUCUGACAGAAUGGUGUCAGUGAGACAUGGAGUCAGCUUAUUCGAACACUUCCUUGAUUCCUAUCAAGUCAUGUUUUUCACACUUUUUGCACUGCUGGCAGGAAUGGCUGUUAUGAUCAUAGCUCACUAUGCCAUGUUCUCACCAAAAGAACAGAAAAUGCAUCCAGCUUUUAUCCCAAGGACAUCUCCUCAGCACAGGCAAAACACUGUAGGAUUUCCUGUUCCAUCUGCAACUGCUUUCAGUCCUACGCCAUCAAGCAGAGAAAACAGCUCUCGCACCAGGUUAUGGAGUCCUGCUUAUGCUUCACAUUAAAGAAAGCUAUUUUCUACACAGUCCCCUGUUCAGAUUUGUCGUGCCUUCAGUAGUUCAAUACCACCUGGACAUAUGUCAACAUAGAUUUACUCUCGUUAAUAUAAAUCUCUUUACUGAAAGAAUGCAACACAUUAAAAAUAUACUGUUUUUAAUGUGUGUUUUCCAUAUUUGUAUGAGAUGGGUUCAGUGGCUGACAUGCAGAACAGCAUUAGGCUGCUUAACCCUCAAGGACAGAUUCCUGGAAGCCAAAGAACCUUUUGGAGGGAGUGGAGAGCAGUGAAAAUGAUCCCUUCCCUCUGUGCAUGCAACCUGCUGUUUGACAAGCCUUUAGCAGAGCUUGAAGCAGCCCUCACUGUGAGAGCACAACUCCUACUCCACCUUCCUAAUGCUUUUUUCAGUGUCAGCCAGUUUUUGUAAAUCUAUUAUCUGUCAUUAUUCUCAAAACGAUAAGAAAAAUUACUGGGUAAUGACCAGAAUCUGUGCUAAGCUAGCUUGCCUCCCCCCUGCCUUUUAUAUAUUUCAGUUCAUUUUAAUUAUACCUCUUCAGUGUCAGUACAGAUGCACUGCGUUCGUUCAUUUACUUCCUGUGGAAAUUAUAUUUUUAUAGUUUCAUAAUGAGGCUUCAUAUUAUUAAAGCAUAGUGACAUAAUAACUAAAACAUGAGUCAGAGAUGUGAAGACUGCUUCUAAAAGACUAAUGUUUUAGUUUAGUUUGGGAAGGGAUAAUUGAGAAGGGAAGGGAUCGUUUCUGAUUUUAUUAAUUUAUUUUGAAACUCAGGAAAUGAAUGUACUGCACUGAUACCUUUUUCACUAUUGAGCCUUAUGCCUUAUCUACAAUUUGUCAGUUUAGAAUGUAGUUAUGCUGUAAUAACUAAGCGUCAUUGUGCUUUUUUGUGUUUGAAUAAGAAGAAGAUCAUCUUAUUCUCACAAAAGGUCAACAUCAGUUUAGAAAAUAGUUAGGCUAUAAUAACCAUGAACAGUUGUGCAUACUUGUAUACGAGUCAUAACAAAACCCCUUAUUCUUACAAAAGGUCAAAAUUAAUUGCUUCAUUAACUGCUGUAAAAAUAAAGAAUCUGUCAUUUAUUUGUGAAUGAUGCUCUUUGCUAUAGCUACUGUAUGUCUAUGCAAACAUUUUUUUAAAAAAAUGAAGACUUUAUUUUAACCACUUAUUUUCUAUACAAAAAAAAAAAGAAUGUUAAUAUAAAUGUGAAGGACAGUUCAUCUUUAUUAUCUCUUUGCAAAUCUCAAGUACCUCAGUAGAAACUGAGUCUCUCUGUGUAUCUAUCUGCUGACUUGUUACUGUGACCUGCAUCAGCAGCUUCAUCCUUCAAGUGCCACAUAAGGGCUCUGAAUGCCAUUGAAUUCUGAGCCAGAAAUGCAGACCAAAGACCAGUUCAACUAUCACAAACUAGCAAACAUUUGUUAUUUUUGUUAUGCUGUCUGUAAUAUAUGAAUCUCCGGUGUGAACAUAUGCAUAAGCGAAACAAUACUUGAACAUGUGCUCCAUUGAAGUCUUAUUCACUUCAGGCAGAACAUAGUUUCUCCCACACAUGCACACCUCCAUGAUAUAAAUGGUACAAAUGAUCCCUAGCUGGUUUAAUGGGUACUUACUUUACAGCAUGUAUGUACAACUUAAGUUUCUCAACCUAUUACUAUAUACUUGGAUAAAAUCAAUUACAAUCUCAUUUCAUUUGAAUUAUUGGAAUUGAUUGUGGGCUUUUUCUUUCUUUUUUCUGUCUCUGCUGCCAGGAGCUGCAAGUUUCCACUCACUAUAGCUGCUGUAAACAUUGUUUUGAGAUCUUAUAGCAGCAAAGAGCUUGAAGUUCACUGAGAGCAAUGGUUUCUAAAUUUUGAUUCACUAACCCACAUCUUCACUAGUGCACAGUGGUCCCAAAUUUCAAAAGUGCUAUUACUGGCCAAGCAGUAGGUUAUCAUGCAAAUGCCAUUUUGCAAACCAGCAGGAAACAAAGCUGCUAAUAAAAUACAUUUUUAUUUUGGCAAGGACUGAAAGAACAAUGUGACGUUACUUUUUCUAAAGCUUUUCCUGGAAUAAACAUAGUUCUUCAUUUGUAGUAUAAAAUACUGUAUGUGAUAACUGUAUCGUAAAACCUUUUCUUGAAACUUCAGGUUAAAUAUUGUAACUAACAGUGACUGACUUCUAGACUAAUGAAUUGCUUGCUGGUAGUGAUACUGCACAUGCUACAAGUAAGGGGUGAUUUUUGUCCAUCUCACCUUACCUCUGAAGCCAACUGUGACUCUCCAAAUAGGGACAUAUUUUUGUCAGGUACAAUAGACUUCAGAAAGAAGAGGAGGUUGUCCCUCCCCCACCAGCACUAGUGCAGUGCUGUAUUAGUCUCAGUGACUGACUAAUCUAAUCUAAUCAAUGCCAUAAAGGUUGUGACUGAAUAAUCUGCUUAAUCUUUUUUUGACCCAUUAGUGAAUAUAAUAUUUAAUAGAAUUUUUUUAAGUUGUGCCAAAAAAUCCUGUGACAUAAGUUGUAUUUGUAAAGUAUUAUUGAAAAGGCACAUUUUAACUUGGAUUUGUAUAAUUUAUUUGCCAUGAUGUUGAGAAAUAAAGAUGUGCCUUGUCAUGACA